UGAAUAAAACUUUAUUAUUUGAUUAGAAGAAAUAAAAAAAGUUUGUGGUUUAGUCAUUUUACAUAUACAUCAAUUUACAUUCUAUAAAACGGAGAAAAAGUUAAAAGAUGAUGCUGUUCCUAUUGUUAUCGCCAUGGGAACUCCAGGCGAUAAAACAGGCAGUAUCAAAGAGGUAGUAGUGAAGACAGAACCUGAACUCACGCCUCCAGCACCAAGUCCUCAACAACCAUCACCGCUUACUUUUCCAGUGCAGCACACCUUGUCCCCAUCAGAACAAAUCACAAUUCCACAUAUUGGUGCUAAACCAGAGGCUUUUCGUCAGAUUGAACUAGAACAAUCUAAAAUAGAACAUUACUAUGUACAAACAAAAUACUAUCCAGACCAACCAACAACAAGCUACAGCUCAAAACCAAAAUCAUUCCUUAGCAGCUCAGACCAGCCGGGUCCUUCAGGCUUACAGACACCAAAAACAAAACCUGUAGCUUUCCCGGUUAGUCCAGGUAGACUGAAAAGAGCAAGGAAGCUUCCAGCUCCAGAACAACAGGGUACUCCUCAACAUAGAAAAAUUCACCAAUGCCCUUACUGUAAAAAGAGCUUCAGUACUUCUGAAAAGUUGGAUAAACACGAACAAACUCAUACUGGUUCAUCUCCUUUUAAGUGUGACAACUGCAAGAAGAUAUUUACCUCUAAAUUCAAAUUGGUCAGGCAUGCUCUCAUUCAUUCUGAUCGCAAACCUUUUAGUUGUACAGUCUGUGACCGCACCUUUCAUCGCAAAGAUCAUCUCAAAAAUCACAUAAAAGUGCAUAGUCCACAAAAAGACGUCUUCAUUUGUGAAACUUGCAAGAAACAAUAUACUUCCUUACUUAGCUAUAGGAAACAUUUAGCUUUGCAUGCAGCUGAGGAAGGAAAUUUAACAUGUCAGAUAUGUCGAGACACAUUCGAAAAUAAAGAGAAAAUUUUGUAUCACUUAAAAAUUCACGCAGGUAGUCGAACUGUCAAGAACCCGAACGAAAAAAAAUUUAAAUGUGAAGUAUGUGGUAGGAAGUUUUUUACUAGAAAAGAUGUUCGUAGACACAAUGUUGUACAUACAGGAAAGCGCGAUUUCCUUUGUCAGUACUGUCCACAGCGCUUUGGUAGAAAAGAUCAUUUGGUGCGUCAUAUAAAGAAGUCACACAACAACAAAUACAGAGCUGAGGAGACAGUAACCACUGCCACCACCAUAAAAACUGAACCGAAGGAUCCAAUGAUAGUUCCUGAAACUUUAAUAAAAACAGAAUUUCCAGAAAGUAGUAGACUUUCAAAUGCACCAGAAACAUUUACCUCCGGUGAUUUAGGUCUACCACUGAUAGAGGGCGACUUGACACCAUUUUUAAUGAGUGAAAAUUUAUUAACUUCUGUACCACUGAAAGAUCUAGGUAGUACCAUCUUAGAGGGCAUAGAAACUGCUCCUGUCGUUUCCGAAAUGCUCAUCACUGAAAAUAUAGAUGCUAGUCAAGGUGUUUUGGAAGAGGAUGAGGUACUGUUAAAAAAUCCUGAGUUACUAUUACUGGGAACGACUGGUGACAAAAAUUUACCCUUACCUGGAUUCAGUCAGACAUUUCAGUCGCCCCCACCUCCAGGUCCUCCCCAGUAAAUUAAAUAAAAAAAGGUUUGUUCUUUGUCAAGGGUUGGUUUAUAUUUUAUAUCAUCUUACGCAGCUACCAACAGUUAAAUACAUAUUUAAUUUUUUCAUUGAUUUAAUUAUGUUAUUUCUAUGUUUCUAUACUUUUUUAAAAGGAAUAUAUUUAUAUUUACAAGGCAGUCUAGAAUUAUAGGUGGGCCAAUUAUUUCCUCUCUGAACAUGUAGCCAGAAUAAAAGAUUUUGAAAAAAGUUUAAAUACAGCACAAAGAAUUUACAUUUUUAAAAUAAUUUCAUCUAUGCAGAGUAGUCUAUAAUCAAGAUUAUUUUUGUACUUUUUAAAUUUAAUUUAUCUUGUAAUAGUCUCUACGGCCAAAUUUUGUUUAGAAGAGUAUCCAACUGCUCUUAUGUGGUUAUUUUAUGUAGUAAUGUGUGAUUUAGUGUUAUUUUAUUGUAUAAAAGUAGCUUGUUUGGGGCUGAAUAAUAUCGAAUUGGAUCUUUUUCCAAAUCUUCUAGUUUAGCUCCGAGCAGAUAUAAUUAGCCUACCCCGUAUAUCGCAAUUGCUAAAGCUAAUAGUACAUUCAAAAAUAUGAGUACCUUUUCAUAUAAUCUCAGUAAUGUAUAUUGAGGGAGUUGCAACCCUCCAAAGGGGUGUGACGAUAAAUAUUAAUAUAUUUUAAAGACACUUUUGCGAUUUGAAAGUAAGUAUAUUUUUUAUGAUAACAGGAUUUUUCGAUAACUAUGUGAGCAAGUUUUGUUCUACAAGAAAACAUUUUAUUCUGUAAAAUAUUUAUUCCAACGAUAUUUCAAAUUAGCAAUGCCUUCUGUAUCUGUAAUGUGCGGAGGGUGGGUUACCCCCCACGGCACUUAGGCCUCAUUAGGCCCAUUGUGCAUCCUCCUGAGAUGAUAGGCACCUCCUAGCUCGUGAGCCAGCCCACAGAUUUAAUGUAGUUGACAACGUCGCCAAGAGGUGCUUCUCUUAUAUCAUCAGCCGGUGUUAGCCGAUACUCGCCGAACACAAAUCUUCUAAUAAAUGAAAGCAUCGGGCAAUCGUAAAGGAUAUGCUCGAUGGUCUCAUCUUCUUGUUCGCACCCUCUGAAGAGUGCGGAUUCUGACAGCUCCAUGAUAUGGAGAUGCUUUCGUACUUGGCAACGACCCGUCAGAAUGCCUGUGACUAGGCGCAGAUUCUGUCUAGUCAUAGUCAAGUAUUUGUUUGCUGGAGUGUUGUCAAGAUAACUUAAGAGCUCCCUGCCAACUCUGCAGUUUCUUGUUUCAUCCCAUCUUUUCUUGAAUUUCACAAGGGAAUGUUCUUUGAUUAGGUCAGGCCAAUAGAAGGGCCAGGUCCAAAAAGUAUUUGGUUGGCUGCUUUCUUGGCUAGUGAAUCAGCAAGACGGUUACCUUUCGAUGUGGCGUGACCUUUGAUCCAUCUUAAGGUGACCACAUUGUUGAUGGAUACUUCGGCCAAAGCUUCGUGACAUUCUAGUACUAACCCUGAGUAAAUUCGUGAUCUGUUCAGGGCGAGUAGUGCUUGUCUGCUAUCUGUAUAGAUGAGCAUGUUCCUCCCAGUGAUAUUCUUUCUGGUUAUUUCUUUUGCUGCUAUGAGAAUCCCCGUUAGCUCUGUUUAAACUCAGCCCAUUUUGUGUUUAGGUUUAAGAAUCUGGAGUAUAUUCCACAUCCUGAGCCUUGUUUUGUUUUAGAACCGUCGGUGUAGAUAUAAAUCGUACCUGCCACUUCCGGCUCUUCUAUUUGUUCUAUUAUAACUUUAUAUGGCUUAUGGAAGAUAUAUCUCGGUGUAGCAAUGCCUUCAUUGUAGUUCGAUGAUACCUCGGGAUUAGAUGAAAAUCUCUUACCACCGAGCUAUUUUUUUAGGUUUGGAAACUGGUGAUAAUCACAGAGCCAAAUCUGUAAAAUAGGGCGAAUGUUGCACUAAUUUUAAUCACAUUUCAUGAAUUUUGGCAAUUGCAAAGUGGGCAGUUGUGUUAUCCUGAUAAAAAAGCACUUUCUUCUAUAUCAAAUUUGGCCUUUUCUAUUUGAUUUUGUCGCAACAAAGUGGCAUAAUACUUGCUAUUUAUUGUUUUCCUUCUAAGUAGUUGGCCCAGAUAAUUCCAUGAGAAUCCCAAAACACAGUUUCCAUAACUUUACCUGUUAACAAAGCCGUUUUUGCCUUCUUUGGUGGUGAAGAAAUUUUGUUCCACUGUUCAAAUUCCGCACACAUUCAUUUGAACUACCCACCUAUAUCUGCUAUAUUUUGCACUUUUACUCGACGGUCAUCCAAUAUAUUAUAUAUUUCAAUCUUAACCGGGGCAGUAGCAGUGUUUGGACGUCCCCUACGUGGUAGCAUACCCAUUUUUAACUUUUCGAGUAUAUCAAGUAAAAAUUUUUAAGUAAUAAUAGGAUAGUCUAGUAAACCUGCAUCAUAAGCUUUGAAAUACUAGAAAUUUGUGUCUUAUCAAUAAUACAAUAGGUUUGUUCCAACAUAAACCAAAUCAGUUUGCGUACUGUCGGGAUUCUGCGCAGUCUAGAAUUUGUGUUCCAACAAACCUUAGACUCGAAACUGUACAAAUACAUAGUGUUCCAACAGAACCAAAACUAAUCACAAACCGAUUUGUGUAAUGUCAAAUCAGUUUCUAGGUCUGAAUAGGAACGAAUUGUCAAGACAUGCGCAAAGCCGCAAUAAACUGAACAUAUCGUGAUUGUAAUUAAUAUAUUAUUUGUAACUAUUGUCUCUGACAGUUCUGAUUUGUAUUUGUUAAUCGAGUUUACUCUUUAUAGUUUUUGUUCAUGAUCAUUUAUUUUAUUUUGUGUUUUAUUAUUGUAAUAAUGCGUCUGUUGAAUUUAAAAAAUAUGUUCCAACAUAAUCGACUUCCGAGUUGAGUCCCAAUCCCCGACUAGUACCUGACAAGUUGUCAAUUUCUAGUCAUCGACAGAUUGUCAACAAUAAGUUUUGGACUGGUUUAUGUAUUGUUCCAAGAUCGUUGUUGGAACAAACCUAAUACAUAUCGUGAGUAUACAUUUUUAAUAAUGGCCAAAAAGAUCUACUACAAAUGUUUACACUUUACAUCCCUUUAAAAAGCCACAUCUCCCUAAACAUUGACAUUUAAAAAAUAAAUA